AUGACAGGACCUCAGAUUAACCACUUGAGUUUUGCGGAUGAUAUCAUAAUUUUCAGUUCUGGGAGAAAGGAUUCUCUCAAGCUCAUCAUGCAGACGUUGGCUACAUAUGAAAGGAUCUCUGGUCAACUCAUCAACAAAGCCAAGAGUCAGGUUUUGCUCCACCCUAAUGCCUUCAGAACUACUUGUGAUAGAAUGAAAAGGUACACUGGAUUUCAUCAAAAAGAGGCUCCUAUUACAUAUCUAGGCUGUCCACUCUUCAUUGGAAAGCCUACACUUAUUUAUUUUUCUGAUCUCAUCAACAAGAUAGUGAAUAGAAUCACUGGCUGGCAAUCUAAGAUGCUAAGUUAUGGGGGCAAAGCCACCUUGAUUAAGCAUGCUCUACAAUCCAUGCCUAUUCAUAUUCUUUCUACCAUUUCACCCCCCUCUAUUACACUUAAGCAGAUUUAA